AUGUCUUCACUCGGACCCGGAGGCCUGGAAGAAGAGCGCACGCUAUUCGAAGCAAUCCAGCGCAACGACAUUGCUACAGUUACCCAACUUCUAGACAAUGGAGUCUCCCCAGAUGGGCGCACUUUAGACUGUUCCCCACUGCACGAGGCCAUUCGGUACGGCAGACAUGAAAUCAUCACACUACUGCUCCAGCAUGAUGUCCACGACCGCGCGGAUGAGAUGGGGAGAGAUGCCCUCCAUUGCGCAGCAAUGAAGGGAGAUCCGCAGAUCCUUGAAACGAUUAUCCAAUUUUAUAGGCAGAGAGCGUAUAGCUUUUUUGGUCGGGCGGGUGCGCAGGAAACGCCGAUUCAUUUUGCAGCAAUGAGCCGCAGCCUGGAGUGUGUGCAGGUGCUGGUUCGCGAGGAGGCGAAUAUCCAUGAUGUGACUAUGGAUGCAGAGACGCCGUUGCAUUUUGCGGCCGGGGAAAGGAGUGAAUGGGUUGAGGAAACGAGGGAGGAUGAAACAGCGGUGUUGAAAUACUUGAUUGCCGCAGGGGCAGAUAUCAAUGCUCUUACUUCAACCAGGGAGAGCCCGCUAUGGUACGCUGUUCAGGCAGACAACCUUCCUGCUGUGAGGGAGCUACUUGCUGCAUCAGCAGAUGUCCAGCUCCGCAAUAUCUAUGGAGAGACUGUGCUGCAUGAAGCGGCCUAUCAUAGUUCGCUAGCUGUGGUGCAGGUGCUGGUAGACGCUGGCGUGGAUGUCCAUGCCCGGAGCAAGACAAAUGGAUCUAUCCUGCACCGCGCAGCAGAAGGCGGUCGUGUAGAUACUGCGCAGUGGAUACUCGAUCAUAGUCGCUUGACUGUGAACGAAACUGGUAGCCAUGGCUGGACCCCAUUGCACUCUGCUGUUUUUGCGUACCAGAUAACUAUGACCAAGUACCUUCUCGAGCACGGCGCUGACCCAAACAUCGGAUCAAAUCCUGGAAACCACACGGCUCUACAUUAUGCCGCGUUUUCACAUCGAGCGGAAGCCGAUUCCCCACUGGUCCGCUAUAUGAUCCAGUAUGGCGCCGAUGUCAACGCGGCCGCCGAUUCGCGCUGCUUCUCAUCCCCAGGACAGAUAGGCGAGCGGCUACACGAGUGGUUCUUUAAUCCAAUACCAGACAGGUGGGAACUCGUCUAUCCAAUUCACUGUGCUGUUUGGGCAGGUGUUCGUAGCAGGGUGGAGGCCCUGCUAGAAGCAGGGGCUGAUAUCCAUGCCAGAACAAGCAUAUAUGGCAGUACUCCCCUGUACCUGGUAGCGCGAGGUGGUGGACUUGAAAUGGUUCGCUUUCUCAUUUCCAAAGGCGCGGAUCCCGAGGCAAGAGACACUGCUGGCUGCAAGAUGGCGCAUCAUUUAGCGUUUAGGUUACGGCAGACGCCUAGGAUUGCAUGGGAGUUUCUGGUGGAGAAUCAGUUAUGGGAUCCGUCGACGGUGGAGAAGGAUUUGGAAAGAGCCAAAUUAUAUGAACAGAUGUUCAAGUGUUCUAAGGCGAGGAAGAUAUCUAACCGGUAA